UUUAAACGAACCUUUGAAAAAACACACCAGGAUGCAGCAUGUUUGGUUCGUUUGCAAAAAUACUUUCCAUCAUAUGCAUAUUAAACAUGCAUUAACACUAAAUUACCGUAUAAUGAUGUUAAAUAAAAUUUUACAAAAAAAGUAACUAUCUAUGUACAAUAUUAUUAAUAUUAAUGAUCUCGCAUGUGUGUAAAUGAAACAGUGAGAGAAAUGGUGUGUUGGCAAUGAUUAGAACGAAAUAGUUCCAUAGCCAAAAUAUAUAUUUUUUGACUUUCCGCGUGUAUUUAAGAAUUUGUUUGGGUAUUUGUUAAGUUUGAACAUUUUUUUAAAUCUCUGGUGAAAUAAAAACGUUAUGUUAACGGUAAAAAAAUAUUACGUGCCGAAACCGUGGUCGCGCAUUAAUAAUGUUAAUAGUCACUUGUUUGUUUUCUCUUUCAGCCGUUUGUCUGCAGUCUGCACUCUUUACGCCAUAUUGCAGUGUGUUUUAAUAUAUUACUGACCGUGAAAUAACGUACAGUUUGUGUUUCAGGAUUUUGUGUUAAUAUUGUGUAUUUUAACUUUGUUAUAUUAUUUAUUAUCUACUAUUGUAAUGAUGGAAUUUGUUAUCGUUUUGAUAUUUUGUGUGGUUCUUGUGAUUGCUGUAAUGGUAAUUGGUUCCGGGAUGGGGAAAGCUACUUCUUCGCAGCGUCAGAUGGACAUCAUUAACGUCGUUCAGAACUUAUAUGUUUUAAUUAGGAAAGGCGACUUGAAGAAAUGUGACGUUACGCAGACGACCGCGUUUCUUCUCAACAUCGCAAAGUCAACUGUUCUCAAGUACUACAAGAAAGACAUUGAAGAAGUUUCAACACCAGGAAAAAAGAGGAAAAAAAGGCCACAGGAAGGAAAGUCACUUGACACAGUCGACGAUUUCACAGUAAAUGCAAUCAGGAAUGCAAUUUACAGGAUGUACGCUGAAGGUUUGAAUGUUACAGUCGACACCAUUUUGAAAGAAAUCAGGGAAAGACAAAUAGAUUAUUAUGGUGGAAGAUCAAGUCUUCAUAAAUUGUUAAAGAAGAUGGGAUUUUCAUGGACAACUGUUGAUGGACGAAAAGCUUUGAUAGAGAAUGAAAACAUAGUAUUGCAGCGAAUAGAUUUCUUGAGAAAGUAUAAAGAAGAAAAAGAAAGAGGAACUGUAUCAAAGUCAUGGCAGGACAAGAGUCUACAAUCUGCGAAGAGACGUACUGUUGGAGAUGGUAAAAGGUUUAUUGUUGUUAAUGCUGGAGGGCGCACUGGCUUUGUGCCAGGAGCAGGAUUACUUUUUGUUUCAGGUCAGAAGACUGCAGACUACCAUGGCGAGAUGAAUGGGGAAACUUUCUUGAUAUGGUUUGAAGACAUGUUGGUGCAUCUUGAGGAACCCAGUGUCAUCAUAAUGGACAAUGCUUCAUAUCACAGCACCCAGGUUGAGAAAACACCUACAACGAACUGGACCAAGGAUGCACUGAUCGCGUGGCUGGAGAAGAAUGAGAUAAAACAUGAAAAUAAUUUGUUGAAAGUGGAGCUGCUGAGAAUAGCUAAACAAAACAAGCCCCGAAUACGAUAUGAGGUAGACAAGUUGGCUCGUAACUAUGGCCACGAAAUUCUACGACUCCCACCCUAUCACUGCCACUAUAAUGCAAUCGAACUAGUUUGGGCUCAAUGUAAACACCAUUACAAUAGUAACGUGGGGCGGGCCAAGAGAUUUGACAAUGAUGCAGUUGCAGCCAUCUGGAAAGAGGCUCUUGAUGCUUCCACACCAGAGAGAUGGGCGAGGUGUGUGGAUCACGUGGAGAAGCUAAUUCAAGCAGACUGGGAGAGAGAAGUCCACAUAGACAGCGGCACCAUUCCUCCACUCAUCAUCCACCUCGGCGAGGAUAGUUCAAGUGAAGACAGUGACAGCGAAGAAUUUGAGGUUACGACACAGCAAGUAGAUGGAGACAGUGAAGUACUGGCAGUUCCUCUUGAUGAUUUACCCGGGUGUUCUUAUUGAGGUCUGUAUGUAAUAAACACCUGGGCAACUGUAA